AUGUCUUCGCACUCGGCAAUAAUCGCGAGUUUAUCCGACAACUUUGAGCGAGCUCUCGCCUCUGGAGAUUUGCUGUUUUUCCCCUCUACAGUGUACAAACAUAACGAUCAUGGCAUAGAGUUCGAGAUACGCCUCUGUACAGCGUUGCAGCAGAAACCGUCACUCCCGACGCCUCACUUUGACCCUGCAGCAGAAGGCAAGCCAGUCGGGAAGGCCCAUAAACCAGAUCCCUUUGCGCCACCCUACAUACCCAACUUGUACCUUGGAGAAAUCCGAGACGAGGAAGAUGAUUCUGAAUAUGUGAUUCUGUUGAACAAAUACUCUGUGGUGCCACACCAUAUCCUAUUAGUCACAAAAGAGUACAAGUCCCAGGCAUCACCACUGCUACCCGCAGAGCUUGCUCAAAUAUACACAUUCCUUGUUGCUGCGCGCCAAGCGGGUCGUCACUUUUUCGCCUUCUACAAUUGUGGAGACCUAAGUGGCGCUAGCCAGCCUCAUAAACACGUGCAGUUCCUACCUAUAGAGGAUGACGGUCCUCCAAUAGAGCGACUAGCAAGGUCGACAUCAAUAGAGGUCAUAACUCGGCCCUUUUCACUGACCACUUUGCCGUACGCAAAUCAUGUGCGCAGGUUGCCCUCGAAUCUAGCUUCUGUUCCUCGGAGUGACCUCGAAGGAAGCCUUUCCGAUGCAUUCCUCUCCCUUCUCGAUCUCGCUAUCUCUACGAUACGGCACGACGGCGAUUAUCCCCCCGGUUCCCCGUCAUACAACUUCGUUCUCACGCUCGAGCACAUGCAUGUUAUACCCCGGCGGAGAGAACACCACGUGCUGCAGAAGACUGGCGACCAGCUGAGCGUCAACGCCCUUGGCUUUACUGGGUUGUUACUCGUGAAAAGUGAGAAAGAGCUAGAUGCGGUCAAGAUGGAGGGUGUUGGGAAAAUAUUGAGAGAUGUUGGACUGGAGAGCGUCCAUGAGUUACAGCUGGAAGAAUUCUCACAUGAAACGGACUGA